GUGAAUCUGCAAAACCUCGUCACGUGUAAGUUCAAAAGGAUUUAAGUUUAAAAUAAUCAUCUCCUAGUCUAUCGGCUCUAUGCUGAGGCUUCAAGCAACAGUUUCAUACGACUCACGAAAUUAUGCACAUGACAACUCUUGCCCAAAACAAACAAACGGGGUGAAAAAAAAAAAAAAAGGUUCAUCUUUGUAUUUUUCACUUGCACAGAGCUCAUACUUUAUAUGAUCCUUGAGCAGUGAAUCAUACAUCUCAAGACUCAAUUUUUAAACUCAAAAAAAGAUGGAAUUAGGCUCCAAUGCUUUCAGGAUUGAAGAAGCCACCAUUGAAGAAAUCCACCAAGCAUUUGCUACAAACAAACUCACAUCGAGAAAUCUCGUUGACUUUUACCUUCACCAAAUUGAAACCCUUAAUCCUCUGCUUCGCGGCAUCAUUGAAGUUAACCCGGACGCUCAGGGGCUAGCUGAUGAGGCUGAUCGAAAGAGAGCUAAUAGUAAUAAAGAAGAAAUUUUUCUAGGGGACUUACAUGGAAUACCUGUACUUGUUAAGGACACGUUUGGGACAAAGGAUAAGUUGAAUACUACUGCUGGUUCUUAUGCUUUGUUGGGAUCUGAAAUGCCACGAGAUGCUGGAGUUGUGGAGAAGUUGAGAAAAGCAGGUGCUAUUGUUUUGGGGAAAGCAAGUAUGAGUGAAUGGUAUAAGUUUCGUUCACUUAGUGGAGUUCCUAAUGGCUGGUGUGCUCGAUCUGGACAAGGAGUGAAUCCUUAUGUUCUCUCCGCGGACCCUUGUGGCUCGAGUAGUGGAUCAGCAAUAUCAGUGGCAGCAAACAUGGUAUCUGUGUCAAUAGGGACAGAGACCCGUGGUUCCAUCUUAUGCCCAGCCAGCUCCAAUGCAGUUGUAGGCAUCAAACCAACCGUUGGACUCACUAGCCGAGCCGGAGUCAUCCCAAUCACUCCUAGACAAGACACUGUUGGACCAAUUGGCAGAACAGUAGCGGAUGCUGUUCAUGUUCUUGAUGCCAUCGUAGGCUUUGACCACAAUGAUGCAGCUGCAACUGGUGCAGCAGCUAAAUUCAUUCCUCCAGGUGGUUAUACUCGAUUCCUGAAAGUAGAUGGAAUUAAGGGUAAGAGAAUUGGAAUAGUGAGGCACCCCUUCUUCAAUUUCACUAAUAAUCCUGCCCUGGCUCAAGUUUUUGAGAAACACAUACAAAAACUCAGGCGACAGGGUGCAUUGUUGGUAGAUAAUGUGAACAUCGCCAACAUUGAGACAAUUUUAGACUUUAAUCUGAGCGGUGAAGCAUCAGCAGUGUUGGCUGAAUUCAAGAUAGCCUUAAAUAAUUAUCUAAAUGAGCUAGUUGGUUCCCCUGUUCGAUCUUUAGCAGAUAUAAUAAUGUUCAAUCAGAAAAAUCCUGAACUGGAGAUGCUAGAGGAAUUUGGUCAAGAUAUAUUUUUGGCUGCUGAAGCAACAAAUGGAAUUGGGGAAACAGAAUUGAAAGCUUUGAGGAAUUUAUCAAGAUUAACAAGAGAUGGAUUUCAAAAGUUGAUGAAAAAGUAUAAGUUGGAUGCAUUGGUGACUGGUGGCCCUGGUGUUGCUGCUGUUCUUGCAAUUGGUGGAUUUCCAGCAAUUAGUAUGCCUGCUGCAUAUGACAAAGGAGUGCCAAUUGGCAUAUGUUUUAGUGGGUUGAAAGGCUCAGAGCCUAAAUUAAUUGAAAUCGCCUAUGGCUUUGAGCAAGCAACCCUAGUUAGAAAGCCUCCUACUUUUUUGCCCUAAAAAGGUAUUAGUAGAAAAACAUGUGCGUAUGUUUCUUUUGUUUUGCUUUAUGUAUUUCUAAUUUGAAAUUAACCGUCCCGACUAAUUGAGGUUUGCAUAAAUGUAUGGACUAUUAAAUGUGACUAGUUGGAUUAGAAUUAAAAGUUGAGGGGUAAAUAUGAAUUUCCUUCACCAUAAA